AGACGGCAGCUCGAGAGGGAUAAAAGACUGCCGCCGUGGUGACACCGCCCUAUAAAAACGAGACCAGGGCCGAGCGUUGCUUCCGCUGUUUAGCCAAUAUGUCGGAAGUGGGUGAAGAGCAAGAACAGCCGGCUGUGGCUACUGUUUCGUCUCAGGAGGAUGGUCGCGGGGAAGGUGGGGAAGAUACCUUGGAAAGCGGAGGCGGACCUGCAUUGGGGGUGUUCGAGUCGGCUCCCUCUUCAGCUAUUUCCCCAGUGACCGAGGAACCUGCUGGAGACACGAGAAAAAAAAUUGAUGUUUUGCUCAAGGCUGUUGGAGAUACCCCUAUAAUGAAAACCAAAAAAUGGACAGUAGAGAGAACCCGUACAAUCCAAGGCCUCAUUGAUUUCAUCAAAAAGUUUCUCAAACUAGUGGCCUCAGAACAACUGUUUAUUUAUGUUAAUCAGUCCUUUGCUCCUUCACCGGACCAGGAAGUUGGAACACUGUAUGAGUGUUUUGGAAGUGAUGGCAAGCUUGUACUGCAUUAUUGUAAAUCUCAGGCCUGGGGAUGAAAUAAGAGCUACAAUUCCUUGAGAUUGUUAGAAAGUGAAAAAUGGGCUGUCUUCAGAGACAUUCCCAUGGAGAAACUCAAAUAUCUGCAUUGUUGCCCAUGCAGGUCACUUUAUUCUUCCUCCUGUUUUCUCUACAUGUCAGUAUGGGAGAUAAGUAGAAGAACUACAUAAGCUUCUCAGACUCACUUUUCUUCAUUUGAUAAUUUGCUGUGUGCAAAUAAUUUGUGCAUGUGCCAUCUGUAGCUGAACAGCCUUUCCUUGCUCUAGGACUUCAGAGUUUUGUUUCUGAGAAAGGAUACCAUCUCCUGACUUGAAGAGUAAAUAGAUCCUCAUUUCACCAGACUGUGUGGAAGUUUACAGUCUCAUUUUUAAGAUACUUCAGCUGCCCAUGUACAAUAAGUAUCUGUAUUUGCAUAAAAUGGUUAUAUUUUC